UUAGGGGAGUGCAGAGCUGAGGAGGGAAGGGAAGAAGACUGGGGCUCAUAUGGCCCUCCUGCCUUCCAGUCCCCCUCAGUCUUUGUUUUUAUCCAUCUGGAAGUUGGACUGAACAUGUUGAACAGCAGCAGUGGUUUCACAGCGGAGUGUGAUGGCGAGGGGAAUGGGUCCCUGGCUGGGCUGGGUGGUCUAGGGGUGGAUGGGUCAGACGGCGCUCUACACCGGGCCCUGGGUGUUGUCCUAACUGUCAUGUUAGCCCUGGUAGUCUUCUCUCUGGGCUGCACCGUGGAUGUAGGGAAUCUCUGACUCCACCUGCGCCGGCCCAGGGGUAUCCUGGUAGGGCUGCUGUGCCAGUUUGGCUUCUCACAGCCUACCUGCUGAUUCUCGGAUUCUCUGUCCAACCUGUGCAGUCAGUGGCUAUAAUUUUCAUGGGCUGCUGUCCUGGAGGAGUCAUCUCCAACAUCAUCACAUACUGGAUCGAAGGGGACAUGGACCUCAGGUUGGUGGGUUUACUUUGGUUGCGUCUCAAGUGGCAUCCUAUUCCCUAUAUAAUGCAUUACUUUUGACUAGAACCCUGGUCAAAAGUAGUGCACUAUGUAGGAAAUAGGGUGCCAUUUGGGAUGUAGACUUUCUUUUGUGGAUUCUCAAAUCAACAGUCAACAAAACCUUUGUUCUAAAGGUAAACGUGAUGUCAGCUGUAUGAGAUAAGAUUCCAUGGCAGCUCCAUGGACACCUAGGAAUGGGAAGGGACUUGAUCUAAUGAAUAAUGCUCACUGACUUUAAUAGUAUGUAUAUAAGCAGAAUUUCAUAGCAAGUACACAGUAAUAAGGAGCUUAUUGCACACCUACACAUCUGUGUCAAUCUUUAGAAACCUUUACUCCUCCCUUCCCUUUCCCAUAUUAUAGGAUGUUAACAUUAUAUGAUGAUCUAUGAGAAUGUAUGAAAUGCCUAUUACAACAGGUUUGAAUUGUAUGGUCCAGCCAUUUACAGCCAUUUUGUUGGAUAUUGAAUCGAACAGUGAGGGCGAUAUUAAAGUGGUCCAGUGUAAACAUUAACUCAGGUGACACAGGGGCUCCAUUCAGAACCUGAUGGAGUUGACACUUAUACCCCAUGAUCAGCUGGUUCUCUGUGAACACGUCUCCUAUCAUUACAAGGUCAUGGGCUGGUCAUCCUGCUAGGCUAACCCGUCUGUCUGUUGUUUUGUCUGUUGCCGUCUAUUGCUGUAGCAUCACCAUGACGACAAUCUCUACAGUUCUUGGUUUGGGUAUGAUGCCUCUGGGUCUGUACGUCUACACAUACUCCUGGGUGGAGGCAGGCACCAUCUGAGUACCCUACUUUAAUAUUGGUAAUGACCUUUUGGUUCUUUCACAUUUCAAUAAAUUGCAGUUUAAAUUUGUUUGCCUUCUUGAUGUUUUGAAUCUUCUCUCUCUUCGGUCUCGCUGUUUCCUUCUAUCUCUCUCUCUCUCUCUCUCUCUCUCUCUCUCUCUCUCUCUCUCUCUCUCUCUAUCUAUCUAUCUGACUAUUUCUCUCUCGCUCUCACACUCUCUCACUUUUUCCAUCUCUGACUCCUCAACUUUUUAAUCUGGGAGAGAGCAGUGUGAUAACUCUGUAGGUCAGAAACUGUAUGAACAUUCAAAUGCACUGGAAUGGAAUUAUAGUUCACCAGCAGUCUAGGAUUAGGGCUUGAAACGAUGGCUACGUAACAUGUUGGUCAUUUGGAGUCAUGCUUCUGGUCUGAUGUUAUUCAAUAUGUCACGAUUCUCUAAAGCGGAAUCCAGAAGCAGACCAGGACAAGGUGAGUAGACUGAAGGUGAGUAUUUAUUUAAAGACUUAAAUGUGGAAGCAGGAGAAUCCAGGUGACUGAGCUGGCAGUGGAGGUGAGUUGGUGGGAGUGAAUGGGCAGAUCCAAUGAUGUUUCUGAAGCCACAGACGACCAGGCAGAGGUGGAGUGAAUAUUCCGGGAGAGUAAUGUUCAUGGCUAAUGAUCCGGCAGGGAAUGGAUGUCAGGUCAGAGCUUAUGAAGUGGAGAGGUGAUGAUCAGAACCAGGUGUGCAGAUAGCUGAUGAGAUGCAGGUGCGGGUAAUGGAGAGAUCUCCCGCCUUGCUUCGUCGCCCGGUAACCAGACAGGGUGCGUUCAGGAAACUCAGGAAAAAAGACUCCAGGACAGAAAACAGGCAACUCAGGCAGAAACCGACUCAGGAAGCGGGGUUCAUGACAGUACCCCCCCUCCGACGAACGCCACCGGGCGGACUACCCGGAGCGCCAGGAUGGAAGCGGUAGAAGUCACGAAGGAGGUCAGCAUCAAGGAUCUGAUGCCGAGGAAUCCAACUCCUCUCCUCAGGACCAUAACCCUCCCAGUCCACGAGAUACUGGAAACCCCGACCCCACCGUCUCGAAUCCAUGAUGCGGCGCACUGUGUAGACAGGACCACCGCCGAUCAUCCGAGGAGGAGGAGGACGAGGAGGAGGGGGCAACAGAGGACUGAGGAGAACAGGCUUGAGGCAGGAGACAUGAAAGGCGGGAUGGACUCUGAGCGUUUUAGGCAAUUUGAGUCGAACCACAGCAGGAUUAAUGACCUUCUCCACCACAAACGGACCAAUGAACUUAGGUGACAGUUUCCUCGACUCUGUCCGCAGAGGAAGAUCCUGUGUAGCCAACCAGACCUUAUCUCCGACGGAAUAAGCGGGGGCUGGAAUACGGCGACGAUUAGCCUGGAGCUGAUACCGGUCAGAAACUCUAAGGAGGGCCUUUCUGGCCCGAUGCCAGGUCCAGUGGCAACGGCGAAUGUGGGUUUGGACAGAGGGAACCGAGAGAUCCUUCUCCUGAGAAGGGAACAAGGGAGGUUGGUAGCCGUAAAGGCACUGGAAGGGAGACAUCCCAGUGGCAGAUGUAGGGAGAGUAUUAUGGGCAUACUCGACCCAUGGCAACUGAGAGACCCAAGAGGUGGGGUUGGAGGAGACAAGGCAGCGAAGCGUGGACUCCAUCUUCUGGUUGGCUCUCUCAGCCUGACCAUUAGAUUGGGGGUGAAAUCCAGAUGUGAGACUGACUGUAGCUCCAAUGGCCAAACAGAAGGAUUUCCAGACAGCAGAGGUAAACUGAGGACUACAGUCGGAAACUAUGUCACUGGGCAGCCCGUGGACCCUGAAAACCUCCCUAACAAGGAUCUCGGACGUCUCAGAGGCAGAGGGAAGUUUGGAGAUGGGCACAAAGUGGGCAAACUUGCUGAAUCUGUCCACAAUAGUCAGAAUGACAGUGUUCCCAUCAGAAGCGGGCAACCCAGUGACAAAGUCCAGGGCCAGAUGCGACCAUGGUCGCCGGGGAACAGGUAGGGGGUGAAGAAGUCCAGAGCUGGGCCGAUUGGUACUUUUAUUCUGCGCACAAACUGGACAGGCAGCAACAAAACUCCGGGUAUCUUCUCCCAUGGCAGGCCAUCAAAAUCGUCUGCGUAGUAACGCCGUAAUCCGAGCCACGCCAGGGUGACAAGCCAUCUUGCUGGCGUGGGACCACUGGAGGACAGCAGAACGGACAGACUCUGGCACAAACAACCGACCGGGUGGACCUUUACCGGGACCGGGCGGCGUCCGAAGGGCCGCCAUAACCUCCUCCUCAAUCUUCCAAGUAACUGCUCCAACGACGAAGUUCUGGGGAAGAAUCGUCUCAGUCUUGGCCCCACUCUCCUCCGUUUUGGAGAACAUCCGGGACAAGGAGUCCGCCUAGCCGUUCUUAGAACCAGGUCGGAAAGUCAGGGAAAAAUUAAAACGUCCAAAAAACAAAGCCCACCUGGCCUGACGGGAGUUGAGACGUCUAGCCGAUUGCACGUAAGCAAGAUUCUUGUGGUCAGUCCAGACAAUAAACGGUUGCUCCGCCCCCUCCAACCAGUUGCGCCACUCCUCCAAGGCGAGUUUAACAGCGAGAAGCUCCCGGUUACCCACAUCGUAAUUUCUCUCCGCAGGCGAAAGACGACGAGAGUAGAAGGCGCAGGGAUGUAGUUUACUGUCAGUGGAGCUUCGCUGGGACAAGAUGGCGCCAACCCCCAAUUCAGACGCGUCCACUUCCACGACAAACUGACGGGAAGUGUCAGGUUGAGCGAGAAUAGGGGUGUUGGUGAAUCGGCUCUUCAAGUCCAGGAAUGCUCGGUCUGCCUCAGGAUUCCAACAGAAGGUUCUGGGGCUAGAAGUCAGGGCAGUUAAUGGAGUGGCCACACGGCUGUAAUCAUGGAUAAAUCUUCGAUAGAAAUUCGCAAACCCCAGAAACCUCUGGAGCUGCAAUCUCGUACCGGGCUGGGGCCAAUCAAGAACCGCCCUAACCUUCUCUUGGUCCAUCUUAAUCUCUCCCUUGGAGAUUAUGUAUCCGAGGAAGGAUGUAGUGUGGGCGUGAAAAUCACACUUCUCUGCCUUCACAAACAGACGGUUCUCCAAUAAUCGCUGCAGGACCUGCUUGACAUGCUGGAUGUGGCUGGAAAGCUCCUUAGAGAAAAUUAGAAUAUCAUCCAGGUAAACGAACACAAAAAGACCGAUCAUAUCUCUCAGAACGUCAUUCACCAUACUCUGGAACACUGCUGGAUCAUUGGUCAGUCCAAACGGCAUCACUUGAUACUCGAAAUGUCCCAUAGGUGUAUUGAACCCAGUCAACCACUCGUCCCCCUCUCUGAUCCGGACCACAUGAUACGCAUUGCGUAAAUCAAGCUUAGUGAACACAGUAGCACCCUGUAAGGAGUCGAAAGCAGAGUUCAUCAAGGGCAGGGGAUACUUGUUCUUGACAGUGAUAUCAUUCAAACCCCGAUAAUCAAUACAAGGUCGAAGAGAGCCAUCCCUCUUGUUCACGAAAAAGAAUCCUGCUCCCAGGGGUGAUGACGAGGGACGAAUGAGACCGGCAGCUAGAGACUCCUUUAUGUAGGUCUCCAUGGCUUCACGUUCAGGUCGAGAGAUACUGUAUAAACGUCCCUUGGGAUAGGCAGCUCCAGGGAUCAGAUUUAUAGCACAGUCAUAUGGUUGGUGGGGAGGAAGUGACAGAGCCUUCUGCUUGCUGAACACUUCACCCAAAUCGUGAUAUGUUUCAGGAACUAGGGACAAAUCUGGGAGGGGGGCAGAAUCAAUGACCUGACUGGGAACAGAAUGAGAACAGGCAGUCUUAAGGCAGUUAGCAUGACAUUCAAUACUCCAACUAGUUACCUUGCCAGUCACCCAAUCGAACGUGGGAUUGUGUUCUCUCAGCCAGGGGUAUCCAAGAACCAGGGGGGCACGGGGAGAUGGCAGAAUGAAGAAGGAGAUGAACUCUGAAUGAUUACCUGACAACAGCAUUUUAACAGGUUCAGUUCUCAUAGUGAUUCGUGCCAGAAGUCUGCCGUUCAGAGUGGUAGCUUCAAUGGCUUCCGGUAAUUGCUCCUUGGAAAGCCCCAGCUGUUCCACCAAGUCGGCAUCCAUAAAGCUGCCAUCGGCACCUGAAUCGAUAAAAGCGUUAAUCUCCAAAAUCUGAUUCUUGUUCAUGAGGGUUGCAGGAAAACGGGGUCUGACAGGGUUAUUGAGAGACUGAAACUGUCUCGCUAAAAGUCCUCCCAAACUUAGUGAGCCGGGCAGUUUAACGGGCGCUGGGGACAAGCGGAGAUGUAAUACCCAGGGUUACCACAGUAGAGGCAGCUGUUGGUCUCACGUCUACGUUGGCGCUCCUCCUUGGUUAACCCGUGCCGCCCCACUUGCAUGGGUUCAGGAUCUGGAGGCAGGAACUCUCCUUUAAUCUCGUGUGGUGAAUAAUGAUCAGCUCGUUCUGGUCCAUUUCCUGACUUGAAUGGUAACCGAGUAGAUGAGUGUUUGGAAGACCCCCAUCGCGUCUCCCUCCUUUUCUCUCGGAUUCUGUUAUCCACCCGAAUAGAUAACGCUACCAAACUGUCCAGGUCACUAGGCUCAGGAUAAGAGAUCAGUUCAUCUUUGAGUUGCUCCGACAACCCCUGAUAAAAAGCUGCCUGUAGUGACUCCUCAUUCCACCCACUCUCCACAGCCAAUGUCCUGAAUUCAAUUACAAAGUCUGCUACACUGCGAGCUCCUUGGCGAAGAGAAAACAGACGAUUAGCUGCAUCCUUACCUCGGACUGGAUGGUCAAAAAGCUUCCUCAUCUCUGCCGCGAACUCCUGGUAUGAUGCCAUGCUGGUGUCCUGUCGUUCCCACAAGGCUGAAGCCCACUCCAGAGCUCUUCCACGCAGCAGUUCAAUUACAAAGGCUAUCCUGGCCUUGUCUGUGGCGUAAGAGUUGGGCUGCAGGUCAAAAUCUAAUCCACACUGCAUGAGAAAUGAACGGCAUCUUCCCAAAUCCCCUUCGUGCUUCUCUGGUGUCGGAACCUUGGGCUCACGGAAGGAAACAGCUCCAGAAGCGGAAGGCGAGGGGGGUGAAACAGGUGGUGGAUUCUCCGCCGGCAAACUGAGCUGAGCCUGGAUACUCGUCAGACUGGCAGAAAGGUUCCGAACCGAAGACGCUAUCUCCUGUAGCGCCGUGCUGUGUUGUCCCAACAUCUUCUCUUGAUGGGUAAUGGCAUGGCGACCGGAUUCCAGGUCCGCUGGGUUCAUCCUUGGCCGGAUCGUUCUGUCACGAUUCUCUAAAGCGGAACCCAGAAGCAGACCAGGACAAGGUGAGUGGAAUGAAGGUGAGUAUUAAUUUAAAGACUUAAAUGUGGAAGCAGGAGAAUCCAGGCGACGGAGCUGGCAGUGGAGGUGAGUUGGUGGGAGUGAAUGGGCAGAUCCAAUGAUGUUUCUGAAGCCACAGACGACCACAGACGACCAGGCAGAGGUGGAGUGAAUAUUCCGGGAGAGUAAUGUUCAAGGCUAACGAUCCGGCAGGGAAUGGAUGUCAUGUCAGAGCUUAUGAAGUGGAGAGGUGAUGAUCAGAACCAGGUGUGCAGAUACAGUGGGGAAAAAAGUAUUUAGUCAGCCACCAAUUGUGCAAGUUCUCCCACUUAGAAAGAUGAGAGAGGCCUGUAAUUUUCAUCAUAGGUACACGUCAACUAUGACAGACAAAUUGAGAUUUUUUUCUCCAGAAAAUCACAUUGUAGGAUUUUUUAUGAAUUUAUUUGCAAAUUAUGGUGGAAAAUAAGUAUUUGGUCACCUACAAACAAGCAAGAUUUCUGGCUCUCACAGACCUGUAACUUCUUCUUUAAGAGGCUCCUCUGUCCUCCACUCGUUACCUGUAUUAAUGGCACCUGUUUGAACGUGUUAUCAGUAUAAAAGACACCUGUCCACAACCUCAAACAGUCACACUCCAAACUCCACUAUGGCCAAGACCAAAGAGCUGUCAAAGGACACCAGAAACAAAAUUGUAGACCUGCACCAGGCUGGGAAGACUGAAUCUGCAAUAGGUAAGCAGCUUGGAUUGAAGAAAUCAACUGUGGGAGCAAUUAUUAGGAAAUGGAAGACAUACAAGUCCACUGAUAAUCUCCCUCGAUCUGGGGCUCCACGCAAGAUCUCACCCCGUGGGGUCAAAAUGAUCACAAGAACGGUGAGCAAAAAUCCCAGAACCACACGGGGGACCUAGUGAAUGACCUGCAGAGAGCUGGGACCAAAGUAACAAAGCCUACCAUCAGUAACACACUACGCCGCCAGGGACACAAAUCCUGCAGUGCCAGACGUGUCCCCCUGCUUAAGCCAGUACAUGUCCAGGCCCGUCUGAAGUUUGCUAGAGUGCAUUUGCAUGAUCCAGAAGAGAAUUGGAAGAAUGUCAUAUGGUCAGAUAAAACCAAAAUAUAACUUUUUGGUAAAAACUCAACUCGUCGUGUUUGGAGGACAAAGAAUGCUGAGUUGCAUCCAAAGAACACCAUACCUACUGUGAAGCAUGGGGGUGGAAACAACAUGCUUUGGGGCUGUUUUUCUGCAAAGGGACCAGGACGACUGAUCCGUGUGAUGGAAAGAAUGAAUGGGGCCAUGUAUUGUGAGAUUUUGAGUGAAAACCUCCUUCCAUCAGCAAGGGCAUUGAAGAUGAAACGUGGCUGGGUCUUUCAGCAUGACAAUGAUCCCAAACACACCGCCCGGGCAAUGAAGGAGUGGCUUCGUAAGAAGCAUUUCAAGGUCCUGGAGUGGCCUAGCCAGUCUCCAGAUCUCAACCCCAUAGAACGUCUUUGGAGGGAGUUGAAAGUCUGUGUUGCCCAGCGACAGCCCCAAAACAUCACUGCUCUAGAGGAGACCCCACCUCUUUAAGGAACACCUGGGAUAGGAUAAAGUAAUCCUUCCACCCCCCCAAAAAAAAAAAGUAUAAUUGUAAAGUGGUUAUCCCACUGGCUAUAGGGUGAAUGCACCAAUUUGUAGUCGCUCUGGAUAAGAGCGUCUGCUAAAUGACGUAAAUGUGCCCUUGAGCAAGGCACUUAACCCUAAUUGCUCCUGUAAGUCACUCUGGAUAAGAGCGUCUGCUAAAUGACUAAAAUGUAAAUGUAAUAGGCAUGGAGGAAUGGGCCAAAAUACCAGCAACAGUGUGUGAAAACCUUGUGAAGACUUACAGAAAACGUUUGACCUGUGUCAUUGCCAACAAAGGGUAUAUAACAAAGUAUUGAGAAACUUUUGUUAUUGACCAAAUACUUAUUUUCCACCAUAAUUUGCUAAUAAAUUCAUAAAAAAUCCUACAAUGUGAUUUUCUGGAUUAUUUUUCCUCAUUUUGUCUGUCAUAGUUGACGUGUACCUUUGAUGAAAAUUACAGGCCUCUCUCAUCUUUUUAAGUGGGAGAACUUUCACAAUUGGUGGCUGACUAAAUACGUUUUUCCCCCACUGUAGCUGAUGAGAUGCAGGUGCAGGUAAUGGAGAGAUCUCCCACCUUGCUUCGUCGCCCGGCAACCAGACAGGGUGCGUUCAGGAAACUCAGGAAAAAAGACUCCAGGACAGAAAACAGGCAACUCAGGCAGAAACCGACUCAGGAAGCGGGAUUCAUGACACAAUAUGUAUAAGCUGCCAUAUUCGCCUACGUAUAAACGUAUUCUAUUUUUAGGCAUCACUCUGAUCACCUUGGUUGUCCCUGUGGCGUUGGGUGUUUUUGUAAACUACAAGUGGCCCAAAGCAGCAAGGAAGAUCUUGAGGGUAUGUCUAAUCUGUCUACUUUUUAGUAUCUUGUUAUUGUCAUGCUACAAAUCCUCAGACACUGGCCCUUUACUGGCAUCCCUUUCUGUCUGUGUGUCUGUCUGUCUGUCUGUCUGUCUGUCUCGCUCUCUGUAGGUGGGUACUGUGGUGGGAGGUCUUCUCCUGAUGGUAGUAGGAAUUGCAGGUGCUGUUCUCUACCGAGGCUCGUGGCAUACAGACACCUCCAUCAUCAUUAUAGGAGCCAUCUUCCCCCUGAUAGAAUACAGUGCCUGGUUCAUCAUUGCUGUCAUCGUCAGGGAGCCAUGGCAG